CAAAGGAUGGUUGCUCUUACUCUCUUGGGAGCAAAAACAUAGCAGCAAUGUUGGGAGUUUCUUCCAGUCUGUCUGAGGCGGUAUUAAAUGGAUAAAGCAGGUUGCUACUUUAGCUUUAAGGGUGAGAUAUUUCCUUCAGGGUCCGGACGAAGGCUGAAGGGACCAGAGCCUGACACGGUGGAUGAUUCAAUAUGUGAAGAGUCAUCUGAGUUUAUAGAGGGGGAAAGACCUCGCCCUCAAGGAUCCUCCCCUGUAGAUGAACACCCUGAGACUGACAAAUACAAGGACAGUGAUAAACAGGGUGGAGGUGGGAGUGGCAAAAAAGGAAAGAGAGGUUUUGGGUCCCUGUUUGAAAAGCGCUCCCCUGCCAAGAUGAGUCAACUGGAGAGCCCAGAGUCAGGAGUGAUUGUGAAAAUGGCAAAAGAGACAUGUGCCGAGGGCCUCGUUGUAAGUGGAGGGAAGGAGGGAAUCUUCAUCAAAGAAGUGAGGCCAGAGUCACCAGCCUCAAAGCUUCUUAGUGUACAUGAGGGUGAUCAGAUACUCAGUGCCACUGUGUAUUUUGACGAUGUUACAUAUGAAGAUGCUCUACAGAUAUUGGAACAUGCCCAGCCUUACAAGAUGGAGUUACUUCUGAAACGCAAACCAAUAAAGACAUCCACCCUUGAGAGUGAACCAGCCCUUGAAAUGAUCCAAGUGGAAGAAGGUUCCUCUCCGGAAAUGAGGGGACAUUCAAAGACAAAAAGGCAUGGUGACCGAAUCUCUUGGCCCAAGUUCCCCUCCUUCAGCAAAAGUCAAAAGUCCCAUUUUAAGAGGUCUCACAGUACUUCAGAGGCAGAUGAUAAGAGGAAGCUGGAGCUUAGCCCUACAACAAGUGACACAGAGUCGCCAAUAAAAUCUCAGGAGGCUGUCAAGGGCAAGACAAAUAAGCAUAAGAUAAAGUUAUCAAGCAUGAAGAUGAAGGGCCGCAAGAGCAUGUCUGUUGAACAGCCGGACCAGGACAUAGACAUACUAACUGUAGAACGUGUAGAGGGUAUGGAAAACCAAAGGAGUCAAGAUGACAUACACUCACCGGAUGGUCUAGAGAGCGCAUCAGUAGAUAUAUCUCAAGUAUAUGUGUUAGAAUCAGAAUCUGAAAAAAUUGAAACCACCAAGAUAAGAAAUGAAUGCAUUAUUCCAGACCUGGCAGGCUCUGAAACAAAAAAACACAAGGUAGAACUCAUUAGUCUGGACAAAACUUUGAAAACCACAGACAUAACAGUUGCUCUUGCUGAUCAAGAAAGUCCCUCAACCAAGAAAUCUCCAGAGGGAAAGACAAAGAAGAAAGAGAAUAAAGAGAGGUCAGAACUAAAGUUUACAUUCAAGGGAAAUGAGAAAAAAGACAAACACAAGCAAAACAUACCAGUAAAAUUAUCACAAAAAAACCUGAAGACACCAAGAACAGAUAUGAUAACAUCUGAUCUGUCUACACACGACAAUACAUUGCUGAGCCCAACUGUAGUAUCACAUACUGAGCUGGAGGAGUGUCAACUCCCAAUUGAUAUCAACACUCAAGUAAUCAUCAAUGAGAGUUCAGGGGAAACCCUACCCUCCACUGAUAAGGAAAUGAGCAUGCCAAAAGUAGACAUCUGCCUUGACAUGUCAGAUAUAGGAUUUAUCAGGAAAUCCCCUCAGAUUGGACAAGAACAACACCUGAAAGAAACAUAUGUUAAAACUGAUGUGAAUGCACAGGAAAUUAGCAUACAUGCUAAGGUCAUCAGUAUUACAAUGGAACCAGACUCGCAGAUGGAAAUACAAGCUUCAAAGUUACCUACAGAGAGAAGCAUUGAUGAUGUUUUAGCACAAAUUGGUACAAGAUCUGCUCCCAAAUUCAAACUGCAGAGGGUGGACCCUGCUGACUUUGUUACUGACAAACCCAUAAAAAUGACAGAUGUGAAGAUUGUAGAAAAGGACUUGAAAGGCCUUACAGUUGAGGAUAAGGGGUUAAAGAUACUUCCAAGCCGUGAGGAUAUUGAGAUCCCAGGCAUAGAAGAUGCAUCAUUAACUAGCACCAAGGCCCCAGUGAUAAAACAGCCUAAAACAGCAUUCACUCUUCCUGUUGAAGAAAUCCAGGCGCAGACUGUACAGAUGGUUAUAGACGUUGAUAGAGUUAAAGAGGCUGUCUCCAAAUUGCCAGGGUUCAAGCUGCCGAAGGGUGACAUUGCAGGCUUGCCUGCUCAUCAACAAAUCACAAUGACAGACGUGAAUGCAGAAAGAGUAGAUGCCACACUAUCUAAAAUCACAGACAUAAAGGCACAGUUGGACACGUAUGUCAAAAAGACUGACAUAAAUGCUUUACCAGAAAAGUUGAGCAGGAGCUCAGUGACCACAUUCAAAUUGCCAAAGACCCAACUUUUUGAUCUAGGUGCUCAUGAACCUAUUACUAUGACAGAAAUAGACCAUACAAAAAGAAAACAGGAAGCUGGAAAGACCAAUGAGGAUGAAAUCCAAAUUGAACUCCAUAAACAAGAGAACAUAGAGAAAGCUGGAAUGGAAACUAUACAACAAAAAGGAACUCCCAACAAAGUGGAAAAGGAAAAAGAGACUGGUGAAAUUCUGGAGCCUAAGUUGGCAGUACCAGUACCUGAGGGGCCAACCAUCACAUCUGAGGAGAGAAAUCGUAUACCUGCCACUUACACUAAAGGAUUAGAUAAGAAGUCAAAGAAAGCAAAUAUUUCAAUGCCUAGGUUUGGAAUAACACAAACGGAAAUUAGAUUCUCAGACAUUGGGAUUGGACUACCAAAAAGAGACACCUCGGUGGAAAAGAAGGAUGAGGUCAAAGAUGAAAGCAAUGCAUUGCACCUUGAAAUGAAAAUGUCAGAGGCUGAAAUUAAACUCAGCAAAGUACCAGAUUCUGAAUAUUCUACUAUCCAAACUCAUGUUACAGACCUUCAAACACCUACAAUACGAACUUUAAGCUCAGAAACAAUGCCAGAGGUACCUUCAUCUGACAUUAAAGAAGCAGUUAUGGGCAUUGAUGUUCAAUCUGUUGAUGUCGGGAGAGCAGACAUCCAAAUACCGGAUGUUGAAGCCGAAGUACCCUCCGUUGAAGUUGAAAUACCAGAAACAGUUUUUAAAGAUAUUGAUGUGAAAAUGAAAAAACGACAGAUGUCAUUCCCCAAAUUUGGAGUUAAAGCCCCAGAGAUAGAUGUUAGUGUGCUAAAACCAGACAUCUCUCUUCCCGAAGGAAACAUGGAGGUCAAAUUGCCUGAGGUGGAAAUUGAAGUUCCAAAGCUUCAAGUGGAAGUGAAAGAUCCAAAAUUUAAAAUCCCAACUUCAAAAUUCCCUAAAUUUGGAGCAGUUGCUCCAAUCGUCACAGUAGAGUUACCUGAUGUGGACAAGGAUAUCAAACUUCAUGGAACUGAAAGACCAGAACCCAAGCUGUCAAUAUCAGGAAAAGUACAUGCAGUUGACUUUGAAAAACAGAGUGACUUUAAAAAAUCUAGUGUUAAGAUCCCAUUUAUAGAUGUGGAUGUGAAGACUAAAGGACUUGAACUGGAGGGACAAGGAAGCAAGUUUAAACUGCCAAAUCAGGGAAUUUCAUUAACAAAAGUAAAAGGUCCUGAGAUAGAUUUAGGUGUAUCGAAGAAAGACAUAGAUGUCACUUUACCAGAGACCAACAUGGAGAUCCAACCACCUGAUGUUGAACUCAAAGUGUCUUCUGAUGAAGUUGAAAUGCCUGAACGAGCUGCUACAGAGAUUGAUGUGAAAAUGAAAAAGCCACGGAUUUCAUUUCCAGGGCUUGGAUUUUCAAAACCUGAAGUAUGUGAGGUUGAUGUCAAUCUUCCAAAGGUGAAUAUUUCUCUUCCAGAAGGAAAUAUGGGGGUCAAAAAGUCAGAGGUGGAAAUGACAGCUCCAGAGAUUCAAGUUGAAGUGAAACAUGAUAUUGAGCUUGAGGGACAAGGAAGUAAGUUCAAACUACCCAAAUUUGGAAUCUCAAUGCCAAAGGUAAAAGGUCCUGAGAUUGAUUUAAGUUUAUCAAAGAAAGUCAUAGAUGUCACUUUACCAGAGGACAAAGUGGAGGUCCAACCACCUGAUGUUGAAAUAAAAGUGCCUUCUGGUCAAGUUCAAAUGCCAGAGGGAGCUGCUACAGAGAUUGAUGUGAAAAUGAAGAAGCCCCGAAUGUCAUUUGGAUGGUUUUCAAAACCAGAAGUGAAAGCACCGGAGGUUGAUGUCAGUCUUCCAAAGGUGGGCAUUUUGCUUCCAGAGGAAAGGGUGGAGGUAAAAGAGACUGAGAUGGAAAUUGAAGCUCCAGAAAAUCAAGUUGAAAUUAAACAUGGAAUUGAGCUUGAGGGACAAGGAAGUAAGUUCAAACUACCAAAAUUUGGAAUCUCAUUGCCGAAGGGGAAAGGUCCUGAAUUUGACUUAAGUAUCUCAAAGACAGAUGUAGAUGUCAACUUACCAGAGAGAAGAGCAGUCCAACUACCUGAUGUUGAAGUUGGAGUGCCCUCUGUUAAAGUUGAAAAACCAGAAGCAGUUUCUAAAGAUACUGAUGUGAAAAUGAAAAUGCCCAGAAUGUCUUUCCCCAAAUUUGGAUUUUCAAAACCAGAAGUUAAAGCACCCAAGGUUGAUGUCAGUCUUCCAGAGGUGGAUAUUUCUGUUCCAGAAGAAAAUGUGGAGGUCAAAGAGCCUGAGAUGGAAAUUGAAGCUCCAGAGAUUCAAAUUGAGGUGAAAGAUACCGUAGGCUCCCCCUCAAGAUUCAAAAUGCCCACUUUAAAAUUCCCUCAAUUUGGAGCAGCAGCUCCAAACAUCACAGUAGAGGUACCUGAUGUGGACAAGGACGUCAAGGUUCAUGGAUCUGAAAUUCCAGAACUCAAACCGACAAUGUCAGCAAUUAACAUUGAAAAGCCAAGUGUUGACCUUAAAGGCCCAUCUAUAGAUGUGGAUGUGAAGAGCAAAAGACUUGACAUUGUCACUUUACCAGAGGCCAGCGUGGAGGUCCAACCACCUAGCACUGAACUCAAAGUGCCUUCUGGUAAAGGUGAAAUGCCUGAGGGAGUUGCUGCAGAAAUUGAUGUAAAAAUGAGAAAGCCACGGAUGUCAUUUGGAUGGUUUUCAAAACCAGAAGUGAAAGCACCGGAGGUUGAUGUCAGUCUUCCAAAGGGGGAUAUUUCUCUUCCAGAGGUAAAGGUGGAGGUCAAAGAGACAGAGGUGGAAAUUAAAGCUCCAGAAAUUCAAGUUGAAAUGAAACAUGGAAUUGAGCUUGAGGGACAAGGAAGUAAGUUCAAACGACCUAAAUUUGGAAUCUCAUUGCCGAAGGUGAAAGGUCCUGAAUUUGACUUAAGUAUCUCAAAGACAGAUGUAGAUGUCAACUUACCAGAGAGAAGAGCAGACCAACUACCUGAUGUUGAAGUUGGAGUGCCCUCUGUUAAAGUUGAAAAACCAGAAGCAGUUUCUAAAGAUAUUGAUGUGAAAAUGAAAAUACCCAGAAUGUCUUUCCCCAAAUUUGGAUUUUCAAAACCAGAAGUUAAAGCACCCAAGGUUGAUGUCAGUCUUCCAGAGGUGGAUAUUUCUGUUCCAGAAGAAAAUGUGGAGGUCAAAGAGCCUGAGAUGGAAAUUGAAGCUCCAGAGAUUCAAAUUGAGGUGAAAGAUACCGUAGGCUCCCCCUCAAGAUUCAAAAUGCCAACUUUAAAAUUCCCUCAAUUUGGAGCAGCAGCUCCAAACAUCACAGUAGAGGUACCUGAUGUGGGCAAGGACGUCAAGGUUCAUGGAUCUGAAAUUCCAGAACUCAAACUGACAAUGUCAGCAAUUAACAUUGAAAAGCCAAGUGUUGACCUUAAAGGCCCAUCUAUAGAUGUGGAUGUGAAGAGCAAAAGACUUGACAUUGUCACUUUACCAGAGGCCAGCGUGGAGCUCCAACCACCUAGCACUGAACUCAAAGUGCCUUCUGGUAAAGGUGAAAUUCCUGAGGGAGUUACUACAGAAAUUGAUGUAAAAAUGAGAAAGCCACGGAUGUCAUUUGGAUGGUUUUCAAAACCAGAAGUGAAAGCACUGGAGGUUGAUGUCAGUCUUCCAAAGGGAGAUAUUUCUCUUCCAGAGGUAAAGGUGGAGGUCAAAGAGUCAGAGGUGGAAAUUAAAUCUCCAGAAAUUCAAGUUGAAAUGAAACAUGGAAUUGAGCUUGAGGGACAAGGAAGUAAGUUCAAACUACCAAAAUUUGGAAUCUCAUUGCCAAAGGUUAAAGGUCCUGAGUUUGACUUGAGUAUCUCAAAGACAGAUGUAGAUGUCAACUUACCAGAGAGAAGAGCAGACCAACUAUCUGAUGUUGAAGUAGGAGGGCCCUCUGUUAAAGUUGAAAUACCAGAAGCAGUUUCUAAAGAUUUUGAUGUGAAAUUGAAAAAGCCCCGAAUGUCAUUCCCCAAAUUUGGAUUUUCAAAACCAGAAGUUAAAGCACCCAAGGUUGAUGUCAGUCUUCCAGAGGUGGAUAUUUCUCUUCCAGAAGAAAAGGUGGAGGUCAAAGAGCCUGAGAUGGAAAUUGAAGCUCCAGAGAUUCAAAUUGAGGUGAAAGAUACCGUAGGCUCCCCCUCAAGAUUCAAAAUGCCAACUUUAAAAUUCCCUCAAUUUGGAGCAGCAGCUCCAAACAUCACAGUAGAGGUACCUGAUGUGGACAAGGACAUCAAGGUUCAUGGAUCUGAAAUUCCAGAACUCAAACCGACAAUGUCAACAAUUAACAUUGAAAAGCCAAGUGUUGACCUUAAAGGCCCAUCUAUAGAUGUGGAUGUGAAGAGUAAAACACUUGAAAUUGUCACUUUACCAGAGGCCAGCGUGGAGGUCCAAACACCUAGAAUUGAACUCAAAGUGUCUUCUGGUGAAGUUGAAAUGCCUGAGGGAGCUGCUACAGAAAUUGAUGUGAAAAUGAAAAAGCCACGGAUGUCAUUUGGAUGGUUUUCAAAACCAGAAGUGAAAUCACCUGAGGUUGAUGUCAGUCUUCCAGAGGUGGAUAUUUCUCUUCCAGAGGUAAAGGUGGAGGUCAAAGAGUCAGAGGUGGAAAUUAAAGCUCCAGAAAUUCAAGUUGAAAUGAAACAUGGAAUUGAGCUUGAGGGACAAGGAAGUAAGUUCAAACUACCAAAAUUUGGAAUCUCAUUGCCGAAGGUUAAAGGUCCUGAAUUUGACUUAAGUAUCUCAAAGACAGAUGUAGAUGUCAACUUACCAGAGAGAAGAGCAGACCAACUACCUGAUGUUGAAGUAGGAGUGCCCUCUGUUGAAGUUGAAAUACCAGAAGCAGUCUCUAAAGACAUUGAUGUGAAAUUGAAAAAGCCCCGAAUGUCAUUCCCCAAAUUUGGAUUUUCAAAACCAGAAGUUAAAGCACCCGAGGUUGAUGUCAGUCUUCCAGAGGUGGAUAUUUCUCUUCCAGAGGAAAGGGUGGAGGUCAAAGAGCCUGAGAUGGAAAUUGAAGCUCCAGAUAUUCAAAGUGAGGUGAAAGAUACUGUAGGCCCCCCCUCAAGAUUCAAAAUGCCAACUUUAAAAUUCCCUCAAUUUGGAGCAGCAGCUCCAAACAUCACAGUAGAGGUACCUGAUGUGGACAAGGACAUCAAGGUUCAUGGAUCUGAAAUUCCAGAACUCAAACCGACAAUGUCAACAAUUAACAUUGAAAAGCCAAGUGUUGACCUUAAAGGCCCAUAUAUAGAUGUGGAUGUGAAGAGUAAAACACUUGAAAUUGUCACUUUACCAGAGGCCAGCGUGGAGGUCCAACCACCUAGAAUUGAACUCAAAGUGUCUUCUGGUGAAGUUGAAAUGCCUGAGGGAGCUGCUACAGAAAUUGAUGUGAAAAUGAAAAAGCCACGGAUGUCAUUUGGAUGGUUUUCAAAACCAGAAGUGAAAUCACCUGAGGUUGAUGUCAGUCUUCCAGAGGUGGAUAUUUCUCUUCCAGAGGUAAAGGUGGAGGUCAAAGAGUCAGAGGUGGAAAUUAAAGCUCCAGAAAUUCAAGUUGAAAUGAAACAUGGAAUUGAGCUUGAGGGACAAGGAAGUAAGUUCAAACUACCAAAAUUUGGAAUCUCAUUGCCGAAGGUUAAAGGUCCUGAAUUUGACUUAAGUAUCUCAAAGACAGAUGUAGUUGUCAACUUACCAGAGAGAAGAGCAGACCAACUACCUGAUGUUGAAGUAGGAGGGCCCUCUGUUAAAGUUGAAAUACCAGAAGCAGUUUCUAAAGAUGUUGUGAAAUCGAAAAAACCCAGAAUGUCAUUCCCCAAAUUUGGAUUUUCAAAACCAGAAGUUAAAGCACCCGAGGUUGAUGUCAGUCUUCCAGAGGUGGAUAUUUCUCUUCCAGAAGAAAAGGUGGAGGUCAAAGAGCCUGAGAUGGAAAUUGAAGCUCCAGAGAUUCAAAUUGAGGUGAAAGAUACCGUAGGCUCCCCCUCAAGAUUCAAAAUGCCAACUUUAAAAUUCCCUCAAUUUGGAGCAGCAGCUCCAAACAUCACAGUAGAGGUACCUGAUGUGGACAAGGACAUCAAGGUUCAUGGAUCUGAAAUUCCAGAACUCAAACCGACAAUGUCAGCAAUUAACAUUGAAAAGCCAAGUGUUGACCUUAAAGGCCCAUCUAUAGAUGUGGAUGUGAAGAGUAAAACACUUGAAAUUGUCACUUUACCAGAGGCCAGCGUGGAGGUCCAACCACCUAGAAUUGAACUCAAAGUGUCUUCUGGUGAAGUUGAAAUGCCUGAGGGAGCUGCUACAGAAAUUGAUGUGAAAAUGAAAAAGCCACGGAUGUCAUUUGGAUGGUUUUCAAAACCAGAAGUGAAAUCACCUGAGGUUGAUGUCAGUCUUCCAGAGGUGGAUAUUUCUCUUCCAGAGGGAAAAGUGGAGGUCAAAGAGCCUGAGGUGGAAAUGACAGCUCCAGAGAUUCAAGUUGAAGUGAAACAUGCUAUUGAGCUUGAGGGACAAGGAAGUAAGUUCAAACUACCCAAAUUUGGAAUCUCAUUGCCAAAGGUAAAAGGUCCUGAGAUGGAUUUCAGUGUAUCAAAGAAAGUCAUAGAUGUCACUUUACCAGGGGACCAAGUGGAGGUCCAACAACCUGAUGUUGAUAUCGAAGUGCCUUCUGGUGAAAUUGAAAUGCCCGAUGGAGCUGCUACAGGAAUUGAUGUGAAAAUGAAAAUACCACAGAUGUCAUUUGGAUUGUUUUCCAAACCAGAAGUGAAACCACCUGAGAUUGAUGUCAGUCGUCCAAAGGUGGACAUUUCGCUUUCAGAGGGAAAUGUGGAGGUCAAAGAGCCUGAGGUGGAAAUGAAAGCUCCGGAGAGUCAAGUUGAAAUGAAACAUGAAGAUGUAUCAGUUGAUAGAAAACUAGAAACAUCAGAGAUGGGAUUCAAAAUGGCAACAUUCAAAUUCCCUAAAUUUGGCGCAACGUCAAAGGUUGUAGUCGAUGUCUCUGAUACAGAGAAGGAUAUUAAAGUGCCUGGGGUAGAAAUUAUUGAAAUUGAUUUACCCGAACACGGGGACACAGUUGACAUUAAAGGAUCUAGAGAAGUACAGCUACAUGAUGCUGGAUCUGAAAGGCCCUCAGUUAAAGGUGGAAUGGCAAUAGCCGAAGUGUAUGUUCAUGAAGUUGAAGUUUCAAAACUGACAAUUGAUGAUAAAGGCCAUGGUUCCCCCAGCAAAGGUCAAGGCUCACCUAGUAAAUUCAAACUUCCGACCUUUAAAAUGCCCAGAUUGAGCAUUUCAAAAUCCAAACCUGAGAAUGAACAUGAUGAUAUAAAUCCAAAUGUUAUUUUGGAGAAUUAUGAGAUUCAAGUAAAACCACAAGGACCAGAGAAAUCACCAAAGUUGACUUUGACAACAUUUGGGGAGAUAUUAAGAAGCAUUGAUGUUGAAUUUGAUGUUCCCAAAUUAGAGGAAGUGGAAGAGAAGCUCACAGGCUCAAGGGAAGAUAUAACAUCCUCAGGGAAAACCGAACUAAAUGCUCAAACCAGUGUUGAAACCCAGUCUGUGCAUAAAGAGGAAGAAGCCAAAGAAAAAUCUAAAUUUGGGUGGGUUAAGUUUCCCACAUUUGGACUAUCUUCUCCUUCAGAAUCUGCCAAGAUUUUAGAAAAAGACACUUCUGAGAAAGGAGGAAGUGAGAAAAGCCCUGACUCUGUGGAACAGGACGCCAGCUUGACCUUUUCAGUACACUCAUCAGAUGCUUUUGCAGAUAUUAGUUCAACAGUCACAAGCGAACAAUUUGGUCCACCAUUGGCCUCUCCAACCAAAGUCACAGUGAAAUAUUCUGACCCUAUUGCCACUGAGGUUCAGGGUGAUGUCAUCACCUCCACAGCAAGGACAAAAUGUAUUGCCUUUGAACCCUACUUGGCAGAUAAAGUCACCAUUCCAAUGUCCUCCGGAGUUUCCUCCUCAUCAGUGGACACCCUAAAAUUGGAGUCUGGUACACAUGUCAGCACAUCCAUACAAGCAAUACCAGACACACAGAAGGCCACACUCUUAACAGAUUUUGGAUUGCAGACAGGGACCGCCGGAGUUUCUUCUGCAUCUUGGUCAGUGGACGACACCAACAAAACACAGAGUGAUGGGCAAACAGUUAUUGAGAGGCAUGUAGUUAGGGAAAUGUCAGGCACUGACAAGGAAACGGUUUUCAUAACCCAAAAAAUUACACAUGUGUUUGUGGCUGAGCCCAUCUCAGAUGAAACAGCCUCAUCUAUCAAACAGAUAAAAGACACUAUGCAGUCUGAGAAAAUGACAUUUUUUGAUGGGGCUGAAUUGGAGUGACUGGGAGGAAUACAGUAUGAUAAAUCCCUCCAUUGAGGAGUAAUAUCAGUCAGAUUAUUAUUGUGCUCUUAUUAAUUGUGCUUUCACUUAUGACCAAGUUUUAAUAUAUACAGUUCAAUGUUUUGAGUGUUUACCUAGUACACUAUAUAAGUACACAAAUUGGCAUACAAGCCCCAUGAUACAGGUAGCGUUGUAAAAGCCAACUUUGUCAAUGUAAUUACUUCCGCUGAGACCAGGUCAAUUCCACAGUAACAGAGUGACAGCAGCUAGGUUUCCAUCCAAUUGGGAAUAUUCAAAAAUCUGCAUAAAGAAAAUAUGCAAUCAAGUUUUAAAAAUAUGUCAUUUUCAAAAUACAUAAAUCAUCCCCGUAUGAUGCAAUUUGCAGCAUACAGGGAUGAUUUCUAUAUUUUGAAAGUUACAUAUUUUGAAAACUUGAUUGCAGACAAGCAAAACAUUUUGGGACUAUGUCAACAAUGAACUAAUGAAACAAAUACCAAAAGAUCGUUUCCGGGUGGAAUUUUUCUUUAAGUUUAUGCAUUAACUCAGAAUUAUUAAAGUUAGACAUUAACUCCAAAUGUUUAAGGUAAAGGUUAAGGAUUUGGGACAGGCAUAAAACAAAAAUAUCAAAAACAACUUUCUUUCGCUGGAUUCGAACAUGAAACCUUUGGCAAAUACACAUCAUCUCCCAACUUCCUCAGACAUGAAUGGUCAUCCAAUACUGACAUCUAUUGGGGUGACUUGCCUCUUCCAAAGUCAUAGUGGGUGGACCACACAAUAGCAUUCAGCCUGGUCUCAUAGACUAGACAUAACAUAGUAAACGCAAUUACAACAUACAAAUCAGUUUGGUAUGGUUACAUAAGACAGAAGGUUACAUAAAGCAAAAAUAAAUGUAAGGUGGCUGGUCGGGGUGGGUGUAUAACAGGAAAGUCUAGCAACCGAAAGGUUGUCUGUUUGAAUCUUAUCAUGGACAACGUUUGCAUUUGAGCUAAUUAUCAACUUUGUAACUACUUACUACUUGUGAGCAACUUUGCUACUACUUAGCAUGAUAACUAACCCUUCCCUAACCUUAACCCUUUAACCUAACUCCUAACCAUAACCCUUAAUCCCUAACCCCUAGUCUAGCUAACAUCAACCACCUAGCUAACAUUAGCCACAACAAAUUGGAAUUCUUAACAUAUCAUACCUUUUGCAAAUUCGUAACAUAUUGUAUGAUAUGUAUCGGAUAUACAUUUACGAUGUUAGGUCUACCCCUGAGUUGCAGCAUCAUGUGACUCCAAUUGACUUCAAUAUGAUGGUUUUUAUAUACUGUAAAUAUUUGCACAUAAAAGCAUUUCCACCACCAUUUCUCGCAUAAUUAAUUUUACUGACACAAAAUGAUCCCACCUUGUCUAGCUUAUUUAGUUUUCUCCCCCAAAAAAUACAUUUACUGACAAAUGUGCUGUUUCCAUCAGGUCUGUUGUGAUUUUUUUUUAUCUGACAUAGGCUACUUUCUUCGCAUAAAAUCAGAACAUUUUACAAAAAUACAUUUACUUGAAGAACAGUGCAAAUGCAAAGUUUGGUAACAGAAUGAGAGUUUGUGCCUCAUUCUGUUACCAGCAUUUUUGGUGGUUGUUUCCUUGUUUGCAGAAAUUGUAAUAGUUUGCCUAAUUUCAGUUUAUGUGACAAAACAAGCAUGUAGAGUGUAGAGAAUCAUUGUACCAUCUAAACCACUGUGAAAUAUAUUUCCAUAACUAAAAAUAGAGCAUUUUCAGCUGUUUGAAGCUGGUGUACAAAACUGGAAAUAUAAGACGCAAAAACGAAACGUAAGAACUGGAAGCAUAGAAAUAGCGCACAUAGAACAGAUCUACCACUUCUUGCUUUCAAAGAAAGGAAUUUUAGUCCCGUUGCCCAAAAAGUUACGUAAUGCAGCUUUAAAAGUAGUCAUUGUGCAUAGAGUUGUAUGGUUUGUUUAACUUUGCAAUCAUUGAUUUUGGUUUGACACACAUUUUAAAGUAAAAUAUCUGAGUCUCAGUGUCACUCUGUUACCAUGGAAUUGUACACCACUGAGACCAUUGCUGUUUUUAGACAUCUCUGCAAAUUGUUAUGCUGUACAUAUAAUGAAGAGGAACUUGUUAAUCCACUGCCAUAUGCAUUUAUGAAUGAUCUCUGAUGUCUGCUCUUUAUUCGACUUCUGGGCAGGCAUAUAUAGAUAUAAGGUAUAAAUGAUCAUGAGUCUGAAAAAAUGAAUACGUAAUGAUAUACAUACAAACCAUGCAACAUUCAUAGAACAAAAACAGAACACAUAUAAGGAACUAUUCAAAUCUGUACACUUAAUACCAUGAAAUACAUGAUGCUAAAAUUGAAUGCUUGUAAUCACAGUAAAAAGCAGAAAAUAUAUAUUGAUGCAACUAUAUUUUGAUCAUAAUGAUGCCUAGUUUUGAUUUGCCAUAAUGUAAAACUAAUAGAUUUUGUUUUCUGAAUUUGUGCAAAGUAGAAACAUUUUAACACCUAUGUAAAUAGUUGAUUUAUUCAUUUAUAUUGCCUUAUUUUGAUUGUUGCUAUUGCCUUAUUCUGCACUGAUGUAGUCAAUUUAUUUGCAAAACUAUGAAUAAUAAAAUAUUCUAAAAUAUUAAGAAA